GACGAUCUUUGCUGUGAGUUAGGCGUCUCCUGUCAGUGCUGCUGUCUGCUGCACACAACCUUUCUGUCUCUCUGUGUGGACCAGCAGCUGAAGACAAGAGAUCAUGGCACCUGGAAACAAGAGCAGGGUGUUUGUCAUCGGUGUGGGCAUGACCAAGUUUGACAAGCCUGGAUCCCGAAGUAACUAUGAUUACCCUGACAUGGCCAAGGAAGCAGGUCAAAAGGCUCUAGCAGAUGCAGGAGUCUCAUAUUCUGCCAUUGAACAAGCCUGCGUAGGAUACGUCUAUGGGGACUCCACAUGUGGGCAGAGGGCCAUUUACCACAGCCUGGGCCUCACCGGGAUCCCCAUCAUCAACGUCAACAACAACUGCUCCACAGGCUCCACUGCUCUCUUCAUGGCUCGCCAGCUCAUUCAGGGAUGUCUCGCUGACUGUGUGCUGGCCCUCGGGUUUGAGAAGAUGGAGAGAGGCUCUUUGUCCUCAAAGUUUAUGGACAGGACCAAUCCCAUGGACAAGCACAUGGAGGUUAUGAUCAACCGCUACGGGAUGGUGGCAGCUCCAGCAGCACCGCAGAUGUUCGGCAACGCUGGCCGGGAGCACAUGGAGAAAUACGGCACAAAACCGGAACACUUUGCCAAAAUUGCCUGGAAAAACCACAAGCACUCCACCAACAACCCGUAUUCCCAGUUCCAGGAGGAGUACAGCUUGGAGCAGGUGAUUAACUCCAGGAAGGUGUUCGACUUCCUCACUCUGCUGCAGUGUUGCCCUACAUCAGAUGGUGCCGGAGCAGCAGUUUUGGCCAGCGAGGCUUUCGUCAGGAAACACCAUCUGGAGAACCAGGCAGUGGAGAUCGUGGCCCAAGAGAUGGUGACUGACCUCGCCACCACGUUUGAAGAAAACAGCUGCAUUAAGAUGGUGGGAUAUGACAUGUCUCGGUCUGCUGCCAAUAAGUGUUAUGAAGCUGCGGGUCUGAAGCCCAGUGACGUGGAUGUGAUCGAGCUGCACGACUGCUUCUCAGCCAAUGAGCUCAUCACGUAUGAGGCUCUGGGGCUGUGUUCAGAGGGUAAAGCAGGAGAGCUGAUUGACAGAGGGGACAACACGUAUGGAGGCAAGUUUGUGGUCAACCCCAGCGGCGGUCUCAUCUCUAAAGGACAUCCUCUGGGCGCCACAGGUCUGGCCCAGUGUGCAGAGCUGUGCUGGCAGCUCCGAGGGCUGGCUGACAAGAGGCAGGUCCCAGGGGCCAAAGUGGCCUUGCAACACAACAUUGGCUUGGGAGGAGCUGUGGUUGUCGCUCUCUACAGGUUGGGAUUCCCUCAGGAGGCCAGUUCCCGCAUAGCUGCAGUUCCCAGAAGCUCAGUCGGCGGUGUUGAAGGGUUCAAAGCUUACUCUGUCUUCAAAGAGUUGGAAAAGAAUCUGCGGGAGGACGGAGAGCAGCUUGUCAAGAAGAUUGGUGGAGUGUUUGCCUUUAAAGUGAAGGAUGGACCAGAGGGGAAAGAGACCACCUGGGUCGUCGAUGUGAAAAAUGGGAAAGGUUCUGUCAGCACAGAUCCAGGUAAAAAGGCAGACUGCACCUUAACCAUGAGUGACGGGGAUCUUCUGGAUCUGAUGACAGGAAAGUUGAACCCACAAACGGCUUUCUUCAAAGGGAAACUGAAGAUUACUGGGAACAUGGGCAUGGCGAUGAAGCUGCAGAACCUGCAGAUUGCACCAGGCAAGGCCAAGCUGUGAUGCCCUGACUUAGCUUUUUAUCCUCUGAGCAUCACUUCAAAGGACACAUUUGUUGGAAAAAUGUAUUCCUCCAAGUGCAUUUUGCUAAUCAACAAGCUCAUGGGAUACUUUGAUGAAGUGUUUGAUCUUGAGAUCCAUAAUGUUUCAAUGACAGCUGCUACUUUGAUAUCAGAGCACACUCACUGCAUAGUACAUACAGCAUGUUUUAAUAUCCUGUAAUGUUGUUGUUUAAUCUUCUCGACCCAUCAUCUAUAGGUCUUUAGGAGCUGCUUGCUCAUACGCAGCAUCAGUGCAGAUUAAAUAAAUAUGUUGUGCUACUCUGUUUGAUUAAUCAUGCAGCACUCAGUGUGCCUCUAAUUUCUAUCUAUGAAAUGAAGCUUGUGAUUUAAAGCUAUUUUUGUCAUUUUGUAUAGAUUUACGUCUGUAAAUUAUAGCAAAUAUCUAAUUUUUCUAAAAAAUAAAUUCUUUUCUAACAAUAA